AAUAUAAAGAAGUUAGAAAACUAAAUUUAAUGUCAACAAUAAGCGCUAAUAAGUUACUAAGAUGGAUGGGCAAAUCUAGGGAACGUCUGCAUCCAAGCCUAAGUCAAUACAAAGGAUGCCGCCAGAAAUCGAAGAGUUCAGCCUGUACGGUUCCAUCGUUAUGCCAAUUAAAUGAUAAUUGUAAUCCAAGUAUCAUUGAAUGUAUUGAAUGA